AUGGACCGGCCCGGGAUCGACCGAGACAUUCUGGGUGCCUAUGGGAGGUACCCGCUGGUCAUCAAGAUCCCACAGGCUGAGAUGAACGGUGGCACCAUCGGGCUUCGGUACACCCAGUACCUCAUCGAGGUCGACGAUUGUGGGAAGGUGUUCACGCGAGCGCGCAGGUACACUAUGUUUGCCUGGCUCCAUGCAGAGCUCCGCCGGAAAGAACUGGCAUGCGCCCUGCCCGAGCUCCCUCCGAAGAAGCUCUUUGGCAACAGGGACCAGGCAUUUGUGGAUCGUCGGCGGCAGAUGCUAGAGGACUAUCUGAGAGCUUUGUUGAUGCUCCCAGCUGUCAUCCAGGAUGGCAUGAUUUGGGCGUUCCUGGAUGCCGACGAAGCGACGGCAGUGGUGCCAAGGUUUCUCUGCCGACAGCCAACACAUGCGGCGGCAGACAAGCAAGCAAGCAAGCAAGCAAGGUUGGUGGCUUUCGGUUUCUUUCCCUCCGGCACUACGGUAGAGAUCUUCCGCCUUUGCGACUCCUCGGUGCUCGAGGAGUUGGCGAAUUUUGCGUUAGCAGAAGCAUCCGAGGCAGGGCACAUCCAAGCGAAGACACGGAGUUUUGCGGCCACUGACUGCCUGAAAAGGCUGAUUCAGGAUCAAGGCUACAUUUUAGGCUACAUUCGGCUAAGGGUUAGCACAGCAUCUCACAUUCUCGCCAUGUUCGUCACCAAGCGUCGCUCUUCGGGUUUGGCAGUGCUGCUGCUGGUGGCCGCCUGCUGCAGCCUCCCCACCUUCGUCAUGCCGCCCACACAGAGCACUCCCCCGGCCAGGGACCAAUUGCUGACAGCGGGUAGCGCAGCUUUGGUGGCGUCUUUGCCUGCUCCGGCCCAUGCUGGUGGCAUGUUCGAUUUCGGCCUGACGCUUCCCUUCGUGGCCGGCAGCUUCCUGCUCCUGAUGACCGUCUUGAACGCCUUGUUCUACGCUCCUGUUAGCGAGGAGAUGGAGGAGCGCAACGCCAAGCUCUUGCAGACUCUCUCCGAUGCCACCGACAUGCUCGCCGAGGCUGACGAGAUGCAGGUGACAUACACCGCCGAGAUCAAGGAGGCCCGUGAGAAGGCGGCCAAGGAGUUGGCUGAGGCUCGUGAGAAGACCGAGGCUGCAAUCGAGGCCCAGAUGACCGCCAAGGCAGCCGAGCGCGAGAAGAAGGCCGCCGACUUCAGGGCCAAGGUUCAGCAGUCCAUGCAGGACAAGAUCAAGAGCGCCGAGGGUCAGAUCGAGGAGCGCAAGGCUACGUUUGUCAAGAAUACUUUGGCAGGUGUCGGACUGUGA